AUGCAGGGCAGAGUAAACAGCCUACCAGAUGGUGGCUACGGAUGGGUUGUGGUGGUUUCAGCCUUCAUAGUAAUGGGCCUUACCACUGCUGUCCUAAAGACCUUUGGUUUGUUCUUUGUUGAAAUUCAACAGCACUUUGAUGAACUUGCAAGCACCACUUCCUGGAUUACAUCGAUAACUAUUGCCAUGUUUCACUUAGGAGCACCAGUAGCUAGCAGCCUGUGUGCAAGAUACACUCAUCGAGCAGUUGUGAUCAUUGGAGGACUCCUGGCUUUCUCAGGAAUGACACUGGGGUCUUUUGGUUUCAACACUGUCUGGAUGUAUACAACUACUGGCUUCCUACAAGGUCUUGGGAUUUCCUUUUCAUGGACAUCACCUAUUAGCAUUGUCAGCCAUUAUUUCUCUAACAGAAGGGCUUUGGCCAAUGCUAUUGUCAGUGCUGGGGAAUGUGCCUUUGCAUUCACCUUUGGCCCUUUUUUUCAGUGGUUAAUUGGUUUAUAUGGGUGGAAGAGUGCUCUGUUGAUCAUCGGUGGCAUUCAACUUAAUAUAUGCGUCUGUGGAGCACUGAUGCGACCCCUGAAGGACCGUUGUGUUCUUGAAGCUAGGAGUUCUGAAGCUCAGAGACCAUCCGGCAAGGUUGUGCCUGUGACUGGCAAGGAACAUGCAUCUCCCAUCACACAAAAAACAUUCAACUGGAUGCUUGUGAAGAGACUGGAGUUUAUUCUUUAUGCCAUUUUUGGUAUUUUAGCUGCUAUGAGUUUUUUCAUUCCCCCAUUAUUUUUGGUUCCACUUAGCUACAGCCUAAGGAUAGAUGAGUCUUGGACUGCAUCGCUCCUGUCCAUUUUGGCUAUAGCAGACUUCAUGGGCAGGUUGUUGUGUGGCUGGUAUGCUAACCUCCACCUUACUAGGACUAUACACUUGCUGACAAUGACAGUUGUUCUGAUCAGCACAUCUUUGAUGCUAUUGCCGCUGGCUAACAAUUAUCUGUCUCUGGCAAUAUUCACUGGCUUCUAUGGUUUUUUCUUUGGCACGACAGUCUCCAUCCACAUCACAGUGCUGGCAGAUGUCGUGGGCAUGUCAGAUUUUGACAGUGCCCUGGGGCUCUUUAUGCUCAUUCGAAGCACUGGAGGUUUUCUGGGGCCUCCUCUUGCUGGUCUGAUUGUGGACAUGGCAGAAAAUUACAGUGCAGGCUUUUACAUAGCAGGAGCCACUCUCGUCAUAUCUACCGUAUUUUUGGUUGUUAUAGAUCAACUCCAGCAGAAGAAAGAGCAAGAGACCCAGACAGACACUAAACCAAAGAAGCAAAUCCUUCUCUUCCCUUCCCUCCAUUUCCUGAAAUUUAAGACUGGAAAGUGUCAAGAACAAAAUAUGGGAGUGUGA